UAAUCUUUGAGUCUAUGUCCACACUUUUAAGACCCAAAUACAAUAUAGAAAAUUUACCACUUCCCAACUUCCCAACUUACAAAUGUUAAUUUACCACAACCACAAUGGCGUAUAAACAAACAAGCAUAGAAAAUUUGGUCAUUUUGAUAGCCCUUUUGCUUUUUAUACUUCAAUCUUGUUCAACCCAUUUUCUUUUUUCUAUUAUCAACAUUGAAGAGCUCUGUGUAACAUUCUUACCAUCCAUGGAGAAACAUACUGCCUAAUGAAGUUUAGCAAACUUGAUAAUGAUGAUUAUUCAAUGCAGUGCUGCACUUAAUUUGAAGCAAGGAACAACAGUUUCUUCCAAUGAUUAUGGCUUCAAUGGGUUUUCCAGAAAAUCCCAGUUACUAAUGGAGUUUAAUGAGUCAUACUUUAACCAUGAGAGGUUUUCCAUUUUCCAUAGAAAUGGAGGGUUUUCAUCUUUAUGGCUCGGGUCCUCAGAGAUGUCAAGUUAUGCUGCAAAUAGCUCCUUUAAGGCCAAAGUUCUUGAUAGGGAGGAAGGCUUUCCACUUCCACCCAUACAAACUCUACAAAAAUUUCCGAUGCAAGAGAUUUCUGCAAAAGUCGUUAUGGUCCGAUUUGAUUCUUCCAUCCUGCUUAACCAGAAACUGGGCCAAUUUAGCUCAAUAACUUCCAAUGCAUUCUUCACCAUUAGAUAUUUAUGUGAAGCUGGAGCAAAAGUAGUUUUGAUUAGUAGCUGGAAUGUCAAAUCCGAUUCCAAGAUUCUAUCUGAAGCGGCUGUUGCCGAUAUCCUUACAUCAGCGCUGCAACUCAAAGUUGUUUAUGGUAAAUGCCUUUCUGAAAACCAGCAACUGAAGAUGGAACAGUUUGACGAAGCAGAUAUUGUACUUCUUGAAAAUCUUUUUCAUUACAAACAGGAAAUUGCCAAUAACUCCGAAUUUGCUAAAAGAUUAGCGUCUGGCGUGGACAUUUUUGUCAAUGACUCAUUUUCAACGGCUCACAAAAUUUUAGCAUCAUCUGUUGGAGUGACUCAGUUCUGUUAUGCUUGUCUGGCUGGUUUUUAUUUCGAAGAUUGUUUGGUCAAAUUAAAAAAGAUUUUAGAAUGUGAUCGGAGGCCCUUUUUUGUAGUGGUAGGUGGAAGCAAACUUAAGAACAAAGGAGCAGCUUUGCGGGUUUUAGCUUCCAGAUGUGACGGUAUGGUUUUUGUGGGAAUGAUGGCAUUACAAAUCAUGCAUGCCAUGGGAAUGUCUGUUCCGUUGUUUUUGGUUGAGAGAGAAGGAGCUAAAGAGGCUCUAGAAAUAGUGAAAUAUGCUGAAUAUAGAAGCAUACCCAUUCUAUUGCCAAGUGAUUUUUUGUGUAGGAAUAAUCGAUUGCAUAUGAAAAUGCAAACAUUCCCUGCUCAAGGCAUUUUGGAUGGUUGGGAGCUUGUUGAUCUUGGACAAAACUCAUUCAGUGAGAUUGCCACUUUUCUUUCACAAUGUAAGAAGAUUGUAUGGAUAGGUCCGGUGAAAGUUAGACAGUCAGAUCAGCAUAGUGAUGGAGCAUCUAAAUUGACACUUAUUCUUGAUGAAUUUGGCCAAAAUGGUUGUCAUAUUACUGUCAUUGGCCAUUUAGCAUGCGAAGCGGUUCUUAAGGCAUCAAAAUCCACACCUGAAUAUUCUAUGAUUGAGCAUGCAUCUAUUGUUUGGGAAUAUCUAAAUGGAAGAAAUCUUCCGGGCCUUCUGGCAUUGGAUAGAGCAUACCCAUAUGAGAUAGCAUGGAACAUGAUUUAUGCUAAUGCAACUCAAUCUUUAGCAGUUGAUAUUGGAAGUGGAAAUGGUUUAUUUCUCAUGGGAAUGGCUAAUAAGCGGAAGGAUUUAAACUUUCUUGGUUUGGAGAUGAAUGAGAAGUUGGUGCAGCGUUGUCUGGAGUCUGCAGAUCAGCCGGGACCAAAGAAUCUACACUUCAUAGCAACAAAUGCCACAUCUUCCUUUCGGACCAUUGUUUCCAGUUAUCCAGGAAGACUCGUUCUUGUUUCGAUUCAAUGUCCGAAUCCUGAUUUCAAUGAGCCUGACCAUAGAUGGAGGAUGGUGCAAAGGUCAUUAGUUGAAGCUAUAGCUGAUCAACUUGCUCCUGGAGGACAGGUGUUUCUCCAAUCGGACAUUGAAGCAGUUGCUACGAGAAUGAGCAAUCAAUUCUUGAAUCAAGGAAAGAAUAAGCUCGCCAUUGCCUACGAUGAAGAGGAUUCGACCGUUGGUCCUGGGGGAUGGCUUAAAGAAAAUCCAUUUGGUAUUCGUUCCGAUUGGGAACGACAUGUCCUUGCUCGAGGGGCUCCUAUGUACAGGUUGAUGUUGUAUAAAAGAUAAUUGGUCGUGUUGAAAGGCGAUAUCUCAUUGAUAUGCAAGAAAACGUCGAGCUUCGUUGAUUGCAUUUCGACACCAGCCUCAGAAUCAGCAACUGUUCUUUUGGGUGUUACUGAUCAGUUUUUAUGUCAUGUGUAUAACUUCUAUGUCAUUUUUUGAUAGCUAUUGAGUUCAGCAAAAAAACACCUAAAUUUUGAUAGUUAUAAAGACAUAUGCUUUCUUUUUAAGGUAAGUUGACUCAAUUUGAUUAGGCAUGGUUUCAAGUUUCAACAUUUUUCUACAAAAUGUUAGGUAUCUAUAAAAGUGUAUUUGCCUAUCAUGUGAACUUCUGAUAGGACCUCUUCAAACUUUAAGGUCUAGGUUUAGUAACGAUAAUGGGUUGGAUUUAAAUCGCAUUUAUAGGGACUUAGAUUCAGAUUCAUUUUUUAAGGUAGGAUCUAGAUGGCUAGAUCCGAAUUCACAUCUGUAAUUGUAAGUUCUAAUUUUCAAAAUUUAUAUUUGUAUUAUCAUAAA